AUGGCGGCCAACAACAUUGAGAAGAGCUAUGUGAGCUGUUCUAGCCCAGGGACGAACCUUUAUCCAAACGACACGGCAACCAACAUCCAGAUAACGCGGGAGUUCAACAACUACACAUCUGACCUGAAGCAACAGUAUCCUGAUAAAUUUGGCUUCUUCGCCUCGCUACCAUUGCCAGAUAUCGACGCAGCUCUCCUCGAGAUCGAUCGAGCUUUGGACGAAUUGAACGCCGACGGAUUCGUGCUAUUAUCGAAUCACUGGGGUCUUUAUCAUGGAGACCCAAAGCUUGCCCCGGUAUACGAGAAACUAAAUGAGCGGAACUCGGUGAUUUUCAUCCACCCGACCAUUCCGUGCCCAAAGAACGCCCCGGGAGAGAUUACAGGGACCCCUCGACUGGACUACGUUGCACCAUUAAUGUGGGCAUAUCAAGCGCCAGUGAUAGAAUUUUUCUUCGACGCUGCUCGCACAGUGUCCGAUCUAAUCCUAACGGGUACGGUUCAGGACUAUGCGAACGUCAAAUGGAUAAUCCCACACUGUGGUGGCGUUCUGCCCGCGGUAUUUGAGCGAUUCUUGCGAACUUCAUCUCUGCUGGGCCCCAAAGUCGGCUCUGACCGUCCUGCAGUACCAUACACCCUCGCGAAUGCCACGGCAUUGCUUGAGAAGCAGUUCUGGUUCGACCUCGCGGGUUUCAGUAUGUCAAGUCAGAUCUGGAGUAUGAGUCGAUUUUGGGGCGCCAACAAGUUCUUGUACGGAAGUGAUUUCGCGUUCACCGCGGCAGCCGGCGCCAUUGGCUUGACAGGUGCAAUGAAUGAGACGCUCCCUCAGUUGUACAACGAUACCGAGAUCGGCUGGAUCUUCAAGGGCAAUGCCGUUAGCUUGCUGGGCGGCUAA